AUUUCAGAUAAUAAGCAACAGUGCAGUUGUCCCAGGAUUAUAUAUAGCUCUAAUUUGGAUAUAAAAUUUGUGGAAUAAAUAAAAUUUGUGUUCUGAUAUGAGUGCUUCUGGUAAAAGUUUACUUGGCCUAUGGCUUUACCGUAGUGGCGAGCAGGAAUGGGCCGUGAAACAUGGCAGUCCUUUGCAUAAUAUUAAAAAGAAAAGCUUUGUAAGACAAUCAAAAUCAGACAUUUAUGAAAAAUUGUGUUUAUUGGGUGUUAAUCAGUUGCCUCCGCAGGAUAAUGGCGAUGUUGGCAUUAGUGAUAAGAAUGUGGAUUAUCGUGGUACUAGUAAUCUGGUUUCUCCACCAGGUGAUCGUAUAUCCAUCAUUUUCACAUUGAAAAAUCAAGUUGGAAAUUUAGCCAGAGCUCUGCAAGUUUUUCAGGAAUUGGGUAUUAAUGUAUUGCAUUUGGAAUUAUCACCUCUGGAGAAUGCUACAAAUCAGGCGGAUGUGCUUGUUGAUGUCGAAUGUGACUCCAAACGCCUAGAUCAGGUAUUACAGAUGCUAAAUAGGGAAGUGCAGUCCGUGAACUAUACUUCGGUGAAGUCGAAUAUGUCGGCAAGAGCACCGUCGCUUUCAGCUUGUUCCAGUUUUGACUUCGGGGAAAUGGUUUGGUUUCCUAGAAAAAUAUCAGAUUUAGAUAAGGCGCAAAAUGUUUUGAUGUAUGGUUCAGAGCUUGAUGCCGACCAUCCUGGUUUUAAGGAUCCAAUAUAUCGCAAACGCCGUGAACAAUUUUCGGCAAUUGCUAAUAAUUUUAAGCAUGGCAAUCCCAUACCACGCGUCCAAUACACUGAGGAAGAAGUGAAGACUUGGGGUACAGUAUUUUGUGAGCUACAUCGUCUUUAUGUGAAGCAUGCGGUACCUGAAUACAUGGAAAAUUGGCCAGACUUAGAAAAAUAUUGUGGAUAUCGUAAGGAUAAUGUACCGCAGCUGCAAGAUGUCAGCAUUUUUUUAAAGCGCAAAACUGGGUUCCAAUUACGCCCAGUUGCUGGGUAUCUCUCUCCUAGAGAUUUCUUGUCUGGGCUGGCUUUUAGAGUUUUCCACUGCACACAGUAUAUACGUCAUUCCUCAGAUCCUUUCUAUACACCCGAACCUGACUGUUGUCAUGAGCUAUUGGGUCACAUGCCGCUUUUGGCCAAUUCGAGUUUUGCUCAAUUUUCACAGGAAAUUGGUUUAGCAUCUUUGGGUGCUUCAGACGACGAUAUUGAAAAGUUGGCAACUCUUUAUUUUUUCACUGUUGAGUUUGGUCUUUGCAAGCAGACAGACAAUUCUUUUAAAGUCUUUGGAGCUGGUCUUCUAAGUUCCGUAGCUGAAUUGAAACAUGCUAUUGAAGCCAAGGAAAAAAUAAAAAAAUUUGAUCCAGAAAUAACAUGCAGGGAGGAGUGUAUUAUAACAUCUUAUCAAAAUGCCUAUUAUUAUACGGAUUCAUUCGAAGAGGCGAAGGAACAGAUGAGGGCCUUUGCGGACAGCAUACAACGUCCUUUUGGUGUGCGCUACAAUCCUUACACUCAAAGUGUGGAAGUUCUCUCCAACGCACAGAAAAUAACUGCUGUUGUUACGGAGCUGAAGGGGGACUUGAGCAUCGUCUAUUCGGCACUACGUAAAAUAUCAGCAACCGAUGAAAAUUUGGAUGUGGAUUGCAUUGCAAAUAUGCUCUCCCAUAGCUUAAAUGUGCGUGGAGGUGACAAGAGUCCUUUGAAUUCAAUAAGUCCCGAUAAUUCGGAUAAUUCGCAGCGUUCCUUUGGAGAUGAAUAAAGAAACUAAAUAU